ACAAGAGCAAAGUGGCUUGUGAAGAUGACAAGUUACGACUGAACUGUAAACGAAGUAUGGUAAUAGCCAUCUAUUCUGCCAUCUUUGGCCGGUCACAAGAGGGAAGCUUAGAAUGUCCAUUCCAGAAUGUUGGAGCUCCAGCAAUAGACUGCCAGUCAACCUUAGCUUUACAGAUUAUGACUAAACGAUGCCACGGGAAGAGAAGCUGCAAUGUAUAUGCAAGUUCCUAUGAGUUUGGUGAUCCCUGUUAUCCAGGCAUCCGCAAAUUCCUCAAUGUCAUCUACACAUGUGUUCCUAAGAAACUGCUGGGUGAAACCAACCCCAAACCAACUCAUUACAAAGGGAUUCACCACCCCAAUUUUCCGCCACACCCUAAACCAUACGAUCCUAACAUUAUAGGUGAUGGUGUCUUCCCCCACGAUGUGCUACCCUUUAUAACAGAAGUGUCUUUACCAGAAGAAAAGAAGAAAGAAAGAUCCGCUUCUGAUUACCCAAUAGAUGCCAAACCAUUACCAGCCCCAGUGGAUAAGAUUGACAAGCAACUUGUUGAAACAAGGGGUAUUCGGACUGAGAUGGCAUUAUUAAGCAACCUUUUGGAAACCUAUACUUAUAUCAUAGACAAUCCUGAGAAAACUGCUUUGUAUUUUGUGUCUGGUGUGUGUAUUGGACUGAUUUUAACACUGUGCGCUCUGGUCGUGCGGAUAUCCUGCCGGACAGAUUUUAAAAAAUCAGGGGUAAAAAGUGCAGUUGAUGGGGAUAGUAAUGAUGAUGAUGACAGUGAUGAUGAUAACUCUGAUACUACCUCCGAUCUAUCUGCAAGGCGGCAUCGCCGCUUUGAGAGAACUUUAAAUAUGAACGUUUUUACCUCGGCUGAAGAAUUGGAACGGGCGCAGAGAUUGGAAGAGAGAGAACGGAUAAUUCGGGAGAUUUGGAUGAAUGGCCAGCCAGAUAUUCCUGCCACAAGAAGUUUGAAUCGCUAUUACUAAUAUGUUAUCUGGAUCCAAAAUGAUGAUAUGGUAAUGAUUUGAAAGACAUGAUGGUGCUUUUAGCAUCCAAUGGCUGUAUGUGACUGGAGCUAUAGUUAUCCUCAGCUCUGGGUGCACCUCCAGAUAAUAAUGGAAUAAAGAACUUUAAUUUCACUAAGCAUUUGAAAGAACUUCUACAAGUAUUAAAAUCAAUUUGUUCUCCUUAAUAUCUGAAGAAUGAAUUGUUACCAUAUCCACUGAAUAAUCUCAUCCUUAAUUCAUUAAGGAAUUUACCUUUAUUUAACAAAUUUGUAGAUCUAUUCUCCAGUGGCAAAACUGAACUGGUGCCUCAGGGAUAAAAUCCUGCUAUUUUAUUUGUUAAAGUUUAAUUGAGAGUUUUCAUAUUUUUCAGGAUGCAUCACUGAUUGUACACAACAUUUGGGAAAAAGGAAAAGCCUCAAAGAGGUUAAAUAGUGAUUUUAAGAGAAAAAUUCAUGAAAGUGCCUUUGCCUUUCCAACUUGUUUAAUGUGGUAAUUGGAAAGUUCUGCAGCCAACAUUUUAUUAUAUUGACAAAACAUUAUAAAUUACAAAAUUAGGAUGCAUGAAUGUAAUGUGCCAAAGCUUGUUUGACCAAAACCAAAACCAUUAUCUUUUCUUGGAUAAUGAUUUACAAAGUGAAACAAGUAUCAAUCUAAUUCUGAAUGUUGUUAUUCUUCUUGGAUCUCAGCAUUGAGAUAGUCAGGACCCUUGACAAGAUGCUGAAAAAUAAUCAAAUCAGUUUGCCCAGUUUUCUUAGCAUCUGCUUGAGUUUCUUUUUAGUCCCAUGUUAUCAAUGUGGUAAUAUAAAGAAAUAUUGCAUAUGUUAGAUGUCUUAAAAAAAGCAAAAAUGCUCAAGAAAUCAAACUGUUUUUCUACUUCAGAUGUUGACUUGCUUUGUAUUUCUAGUACUUUCUAUUAGUGGUAUGAGUCACACUGAUACUUCAGUUUACUUAAUGAAGUAUUGUAAGGCAAUUUAUGCUCAGCUUUUUUGACAUACAGAAGAACUGAGCAUAUAGUCAUGCAGUUUGAUUUUAUUUGUUACUGCAAUAAAACUUGGCUCCAAUUUAAAAAAAAAUUGAGAAAAUCUAUUUCAUCUAAUUGUGACUAGAAUCUCUCUUUGACAAAUCUCUCUUUGACGUUCCACUAAAGAUUUGUGAUGGAUUAACUAGUUUUAUAUAUUCAGGAACUUAAACCACAAAACCAUGACAAAAUACUUGAUAUUUUACUAUGUAAAAAAGUUGUAAUUUUAAAACACAAAAGAACACUAUUAAAGCUAUUAAAAUACAAAUUGUUUUUCAACUUAUGUGCAUCUGUAUGUUUUUGUAAUAAAUUGGCUGUUGAAACA